ACACUCCAACCUCACCACAAUGGCCAAUACCAGAGAGCUGUGGAAGGACAUAAGAGAUAAAAUAGUAGACCUGCGCAAGGCUGGGAUGUUCCGUCAGCUAAAAGAGUCCUGUGCAGAACGAGGGCCCUUAAAAGGGUUCCAGGCUGGACCAAGGCAGAGAAAGCUUUGCAUGCAGGCUGAAGGGGAGAGAGAGGAGGAAGCGGAGGAGGAGAGAAAGGAGGAGCGAGAACAGGAACAGACUGCCUGAGCCACACAGCGCUCAGUCUCUUCUCUGAGCUUCGCAGAGCAGCUUGUCUUUGCUUUUUAUACUCUUUCACCCAAAGCAAUUUUCAUAAAAUGUUUGCUUGAAUUGCAAUAUUUAAAGAAGCAAGAAGGGAUUCUUACUUUUCUUUCUGCACCAUGUUACCCUGGAGAAGGAAUAAGUUUGUUUUGGUGGAGGAUGAUGCCAAAACUAAGCCCAAGAGUCUGGGGACUGGGCUGACCUACCACUCUAUCCUCUCGACUCUGCUGCGCUCAUGUCCUGACUUGCUCCCUGACUGUCCCUUUGACUGGGUGGGCAGCAUCUUUCACACCAAACGUCAGAAGGUGGAAUUGAACAAAGAGGAGCCCGUUUACAACGUGCGUUACCUCGGGAGCGUGGUUACCAUUAUGGCAAAGGGAGACGGCUGCACCCAGGAGGCAGUGGCCAAGAUCUGGGCAAGGAGCAACUAUGGGGAGCAGAGUGUCAAGAUGAGGUUAAUGGUGGGGUCACAGGGCAUACGGAUGAGCACUGACAAAUCUGGGAAGAAGAAACCCAUCCAUCUCUACUCUCUGAACAGAAUCACCUAUUGCACAGCCGACCCAUGCCGGCCCAAAAUCCUCGCUUGGAUCUACAGGCACCAGGUAAAGAACAUGGCAGUGGUCCUCCGGUGUCACGCUGUGCUGGUCAGUAAGUCGGAGAAAGCCCAAGCCAUCGCGCUCAGCCUCUACCAGAACACCACCUCCGCUUUCAGCGAGUUCAAGCGGUUGAAACGUCAGAGUGACUUCAGGCACCGCCAGCAGCAGCUGCUGGGCGAGGAAGCGGUGCCUCUGAUGCCACUGAGGAGGUUGCUAAACGGGCAGUGCCACUACAAACCGCCUGCUGAAAAUCCUGGCACCAAAACGCGCCUCUGUUCCAUCACAGAGGAAGAAGAGGAGGAAGAGGAGGAGAAAAAGGACAGAAAUAAAAACAAGAAGGAGAAAGAGGUAGAAGAGGCACAGAAGGAGAAGCAGAAAGUUCUGACAACAAACACUGACCCGACUCAACUACUAUCAGAACUGGACAUUGGGGAUAUUGCCAGACUGGAGCAGUGCCAAAUCAACUUCAUAAACGACAGCACCAACAACACAUUUACAUUCAUAACCUCUCUGGUGUGACUGUGAUGCAAUUUACAGAAAGCAGCUCCAACUCAAUAAAAUGUUCCUCUGUUUGCCCUCCACCGGCGCCCCACUCAGGCUUCCUCCGUCCACGUCCGUGCAACGUGAAGUGUUUUUACCAGAAACCUCUCCCACUGUCGGGUGGAGACAGCGCGAUCCUUUUUCUUCUCAGAUGGCUCAGAGGCCUGGCUGUAGCAGUUUAGGGAACUGCUUGUUUACAUUUGAGGGCUUUCACAGACCGACAACAGCACAAUGACGAACGAGGACAGUCGUUACCACCAACAGUGUGGGUCACAUGCCGACUGAAGCAGGAGAAUUUUCCUGCAUCUUCUUCUUAUUUUUUAUGUCAGGAAAAUCAAAGCUGUGUUUGCCAGCAGGGUGUUGUAAUAGCUUUUCAGAGAGGUUCUUUGUAAAUUUGUAAAUUUUUCUAUUCUGACAGUCCUCACUGAAAUAUUUAUUAUCCUUUUACUAAUGGUCAUGGACAAAUAACAAGGCUAUAAUUCAGGAGGGAAGCCAUUGUGUUAAUCUAUAUCCCUGCCAUUUGUAACACAACUUAUCAUGCAUGGACAGCCUUUCCAUCCUCUGUUUUUCAUCUAUGAUCCUUCAGCUUUUAAAAGUCAACACUGUGAUUAAAAUGUACGACCAGAGGAAUAUCCAGAAAUUUUCCUGCACCAUCUUACAGUUUAUGUAAUGUAUUUUUAAUAUAUCAGUAUAUCAGUGUUUUUCCAUCAUCGCUACACCACCUUUGAGUUUUGCGAAUGCAAUUUUUUUCCACGAGCCCUUGCAAAAAUGGAGACACACCCUUAAGAUUUAACACAAACUGUUUUCAAAGAUUAGCUUUCUUAACUGUGCUCCAUGUGUGCUACUGUCUCUAGAUUCUUUGUGAUAAAUAUGAAAUGAAGCUAUUUAUUUUCCAAAUGCGAUGAAUAAAAUUUGCACUCA